AUGAGCAGAAAUCCUAUUGGUCUAAUUGUACUUCAUUUGUCCUCCCAUCAGCAGUUUCAAUAUGAGCUUAUCAAAACUGUUUUCUCGAACACCAUUUCAGAUAUACGAGAAAUUGACUGCGAAACGGCGGAAGGCAAAAUACAUGUGGCAACAUACCUGAGUGUGGUCAUGGCACCGACAUUCUUAUUUAUGAAAUGUAUCGGUAUCAAUCACGUCACUACAGAAAAGCCACUUAAAACUGUGCUUGUUUUGUACAGUCUCUGCGUUACGGCAGUCCAGGCUAGUUUACCUGUCGCAACUGCCCGGACUGAUGAAUAUCAGUUCCGAAAAUAA